AAGAAGAGAUUCAUAUCUAUACAUACUGAUUUGUUAAAGGUUGAAGAUCAUGCCUUCAGUAACGAAACAGAAGUCGGGGAAGCAAAAGCUUGCCCCUGAAAAGGAAAGGUUUCUUCAAUGUUGUGGAGAUAUCUCUCUUGAAUUGGUUGCAUCAUUAAAGAAUUCUAAAGAUAUAAACUUAAAUGGAUUAAUUAUUCGAUAUGCCAAAAAGUAUAAGUUAAAGCAACAACCUAGAUUGACUGAUAUCAUCUCAUCCAUUCCAGAUCAAUAUAAGAAAUACUUAAUUCCAAAAUUAAAAGCUAAGCCAGUCCGUACUGCUUCAGGUAUUGCUGUGGUAGCCGUGAUGUGUAAACCUCAUAGAUGUCCUCAUAUAGCAUAUACUGGUAAUAUUUGUGUUUAUUGUCCGGGAGGUCCUGAUUCUGAUUUUGAAUAUUCAACUCAAUCAUAUACUGGGUAUGAACCAACUUCAAUGAGAGCCAUUAGAGCAAGAUAUGAUCCUUAUGAACAAGCAAGAGGUAGAGUUGAACAAUUAAGACAAUUAGGUCAUUCGAUUGAUAAAGUUGAAUAUAUUAUUAUGGGUGGUACAUUCAUGUCAUUACCUAUUGAUUAUAGAGAAGGAUUCAUUACUCAAUUACAUAAUGCAUUAACUGGUUUUAAUGGUAAAGAUAUCGAUGAAGCAAUUAAAUUUUCUCAACAAUCACAAACUAAAUGUGUUGGGAUAACUAUUGAAACUAGACCUGAUUAUUGUACAGAAACUCAUUUAAGUGAUAUGUUAAAAUAUGGUUGUACUAGAUUGGAAAUCGGGGUUCAAUCAGUAUAUGAAGAUGUGGCCAGAGAUACUAAUAGAGGUCAUACUGUCAAAGCUGUAUGUGAGACAUUUGCUAUUGCUAAAGAUGCAGGUUAUAAAGUGGUUAGUCAUAUGAUGCCUGAUUUACCUAAUGUCGGAAUGGAAAGAGAUUUAGAACAAUUUAAAGAAUAUUUCGAAAAUCCAGAAUUCAGAACUGAUGGUUUGAAAUUAUAUCCUACUUUGGUCAUUAGAGGUACAGGUUUAUAUGAAUUAUGGAAAAAGGGAUUAUACAAAUCAUAUAAUGCUAAUGCUUUGAUAGAUUUAGUAGCUAGAAUAUUGGCAUUAGUUCCACCUUGGACUAGAAUCUAUCGUGUUCAAAGAGAUAUCCCUAUGCCUUUAGUUACUUCAGGAGUUGAAAAUGGUAAUUUAAGAGAAUUAGCAUUAGCCAGAAUGAAAGAUUUUGGUACAUCUUGUAGAGAUGUUAGAACUAGAGAAGUUGGUAUUCAAGAAGUUCAUAAUAAGGUUGUGCCUGACAAUAUUGAAUUGAUUAGACGUGAUUAUUACGCUAAUGGAGGUUGGGAAACUUUCUUAUCUUAUGAAGAUCCAAAACAAGAUAUCUUAAUUGGUUUAUUAAGAUUAAGAAAAGCCACUAAGAAAUAUACAUUCAGAAAAGAAUUCAAAAAUCAACCUACAUCAAUUGUUCGUGAAUUACAUGUUUAUGGUUCCGUUGUUCCUUUACAUUCUCGUGAUCCACGUAAAUUCCAACAUCAAGGGUUUGGAACUUUAUUAAUGGAAGAAGCUGCUAGAAUUGCUAAAGAAGAACAUGGAUCUGAAAAGAUUAGUGUUAUUUCUGGUGUUGGGGUUAGAAAUUAUUAUGCCAAAUUAGGUUAUGAAUUGGAUGGUCCAUUCAUGUCCAAAUGGCUUAAUAAAGAUGAUGAAUAAAUGUCUUCAUCAUCUACUACUGGUGUAUAUAUUAUUGUAUAG